AUGGCCGCCUUAUCCAGGUUUAUCUCUAAGGCCUCGGACAAAGGACUGCCUUUCUUUCAAGCGCUCAAACUCCCGAAAUCAAAAGAUCUUAUUUGGGGGGACGAGCAAAAGCAAGCCUUUCAGCAACUCCGCGAGCACCUAGCUCAACUCCCAACACUGGCAAGACCAGCUGAUGGAGAAGUCUUAUACCUAUACGUGGCGGUUAGUCCAGCCACAGUAAGUGCGGUGUUGCUAAGGGAAGAAGAAAAGAUUCAGCAACUGAUCUAUUUCAUUAGUCACACUCUGACUGAUGCCGAAACACGCUACCCCCUGCUCGAAAAAGUCGCAUAUGCAGUAGUGGUAGCUGCUCGGAAGCUGAGGCCGUAUUUUGAUUCCCAUCAAAUAGCAGUCUUAACUGAUCAGCCGCUGGAAAAGGUCCUCUGCAAGGUAGAAAAAUCAGGUCGACUAACGAAGUGGGCUUUCGAGCUUACCGAAUUCAGUAUCGGCUACCAGCCGAGGGCAGCCAUCAAGACGCAAGCCUUAGCAGAUUUUCUAGCCGAGUGCUCUUAUCAGGAGACACUUGACGAGAAAAAGAAGAUUUGGACCGCAUUCACGGAUGGCUCCUCCACCGUGAAUGGCUCAGGGGUAGGGGUCGUCAUAACCUCUCCCGAAGGCAAGACCUUCGAAUAUGCACUAAAAUUUUCGUUCAAAGCCUCGAAUAAUGAGGCUGAAUAUGAAGCGGCAAUCGCCGGCUUAGAAUUGUGCAUUUCCUUGGAAGCCGAGCAUGUCUGGCUAAAAACAGACUCUCAGCUUGUUGCAAAUCAGAUCAUAAGAGAGUAUGAAGCCAAAGAGCCUUCAAUGGUAGCAUACCUCGCAAAGAUCAAAACAGUUAUUGCGAAGCUGAGAUCUUGUGAAAUAGAGUUGAUCCCAAGGGGCCAGAAUGCACAAGCCGAUGCACUCUCCAAACUCGCAAGUUCAACUCUAACCGAACUGAGCAAAUCUGUAUACGUGGACGUGCGCAGAGAAAAAAGUGUGGCCGAGGUGAUGAACUUAGACUGCGCUAUGCACGAGACUAGCUGGAUGGACCCUAUCUUGGCUUACAAGAUCCGAGAAGAACUCCCUGAAGAUAGAAAGUUGGCCUCUAAAAUAAAAAGAAUCAGCUCGAGAUUCGUAGUCUUCAGGGAUAAGCUCCUCAGAAAGUCCUUUUCCUCCCCGCUGUUAAAAUGCGUGGGCCCAACAGACGCAGAUUACAUCCUUCGGGAAAUUCACCUCGGCAUCUGUGGGAAUCACAUAGGGGGAAGAACAUUAGCCCAUAAAGCAUUAAGGGCUGGAUACUUCUAG